GGAAUGCAUGCACUAAGUAGCAAACAAACACUAGGUAGGUAGGUAGGUAUAGAGGAGAAAAACAUUUUGGGUAUUCGGUUAACGAGCCCAGUGGUCGAACUAGUACCAUGAUGGUCUUGUACCAGCACCAAUCCAAAAGCAGAAAGGCGUGGCCAGCACAAACUUCACCCAGCGUACCUGGAGGAAUUGUUAAACGUGGAUGGAGUGCUUCACAAAUUAGUGCGAAAUAUAAACAAGUAUGUGAAUGAAAAACGUCGAUUGACCGAAGUAACGAGCUGGUGCUUAGUGACCAAUCAGUUUAUUGAUUUACAUUUUUAGUUCAUUAUUUAAUCUUCGAUUAGACACUCGUCUGUGUUUUUGACAUACUGGUGUGAUUUUUCCCCGUGGAUACAUGUUAAAAAAGGAAUAAAGAAAGUUUCAGAUUUUCAAUGGCUCAACAUAUAUUAUCGGCUGUAGAAUUAGAUAUAUCACCGACAAGGAUUAAGGAUCUAACGGAAAAAGAUCUUGCAGUCAAUUUAGAAGAUAAGGAUUUAUGGAUGAGGUUUAGAUGUUUCACUAAUGAGAUGAUAGUCACUAAGAAUGGAAGAAGAAUGUUCCCAGUGGUGAAAAUUUCAACAUCAGGACUAGAUCCAAAGGCUAUGUACACUGUUCUAUUGGAAUUCGUUCAAAUGGAUUCCCAUAGAUGGAAAUACGUAAACGGAGAAUGGGUUCCGGGGGGUAAGGCGGAAGUUGCCCCACCUAAUGCCAUUUAUAUACACCCGGAAUCUCCCAAUUUUGGGGCUCAUUGGAUGAAGGAAUCCAUAAGCUUUGCAAAAGUUAAAUUGACGAACAAAUCGAAUGGAAACGGUCAAAUAAUGCUGAAUUCUCUACACAAAUACGAACCAAGGGUGCAUCUGGUUAAGGUGGGGACAGAACCAAGAAGGGUGAUGACAUUUCCAUUUCCGGAAACGCAAUUCAUAGCCGUUACAGCCUACCAAAAUGAAGAAGUGACUUCUUUAAAAAUUAAAUAUAAUCCGUUCGCUAAAGCUUUCUUAGACGCCAAGGACCGACCCGAAAUUUCUUACAGUCAAAAAGAGUUUGCCAAUAGUUAUUCCUCUGAGCAGAAUCAGUACCAAUAUGGUUCCUGGUUUCUCCAACAUCAACCGAUUUAUUCAACGGUGUCCAGUCCGACGAUAGCGAAAAGAUCCCAUAGAUUAUCACCUUAUCCAACAGUUCAGAAACAGAGAUCUUCACCAAAUUCACCAUCACCAACAGAAUACACCCCUCCAGAGCACAUCCAAAGCUGUUCCUUCAACAACGUGAACACGUAUGCAAGUUGGUCGCCCCUUACCUCUCAACCUCCGACUACAAUAGUAGGACCUUCCUUGAAUUGCUGGUCCAUACCAUCGUCUCCGUCUUACGCCACGAGAGGAUAUCAGCAUGCCCCUUUGGCUAACCUUGCCAAUGUUUCCUACCCGACGUAUUUCAACCAAGAUCCGGCCUGCAUGCACCAUCAGAAUCCCGAGUAUGCUAGCAUUUCCCUUGUAAAUAGUGACGUUACGUAUACGCAACUAGAUAGUGGAAAUACGAUAGCUUACCAAACCGACCUACUGGUUAAAUCCGAAUAUGAAUCAUCCGCAGCUCAGAAUCCACCGGAAUCCUCAGAAUCUAGUACAAGCACAACUCCUGUCCAGCAUGAAUGGAUGAAUCAUAGGCAAUACGAUGAUGUGAAAUGAGUCAUUGUUAUCUUGUAAAUAAAUUGUUGAAAGUUCACUUUGUAAAAUUAGAAUAAAACCCUUUGAAUUUA